AUGAGGCUGAAAAAAUUCCUCGCUGAGGAAUCCUCGCUCUCAAACAUGCACUCAACUCCAGGAGCUCCACGGCCAUCACGGCUCACCAAAUGGUGGCCCAUCGGCUUCUUCAUUGGUGCCAUUGUCUGCUUCAUCAUCGGCGGUGCUCUCGUGGGCACAUGGACCUCCCACGCGUAUGACGACUGCUCCUACAGCAGCUCAUACGACAGCUCCAGCUCGUACUACAGCUCCUACUAUUCCGACUACGACUACUCCUGCGCCACUACCAACAUGGGCGAGUUCUAUGGCGCUGUUGCUAUGUUUGUCAUCGGCGGCAUCCUCAAGCUCGUCGCUUGGAUCCUGCUCAUCAUCUUCUGCGUCAAGCGCAGCCGCAAAACCUACGCCGCGCCUCAACCCUAUGCCCCAGUGCCUCAGCCUGCCCCCUUCCCUCAUUCCCCUGCCUCGAUCUCUGGUCACCCUGAGGUCAUGGGCUCAUCUGUCCCUGGUACGCCUCCCCCCAAUGAGGCCAAUGCGACGGCAGGUGGUUUCAAGUACUGUACCCAGUGCGGAACCGCUGUGUCUGGCCGAUUCUGCGCUCAAUGUGGUACCCAGAGCUGA